CAAAGAACAUAGCUUCAGUUUGAGUUCCGAACGUGGCUCUUACCGAAGCCCUUCCUUCCCUUCGUUCUCCACAUGAAGCCAUUCUUCCCUUCAUGGGUCUACGAACUUGCGCUUCUCGCAGCCUUGCUCUGCCAGGAAGCCACACACCGCUCUUUCGAGUGGGUCAAAAACCAGAGCAUCUCCAACCUCAGAACUCCUCCGGCCAUGCCUUUUAGAAGAGGCCCCUCAUUGGAGGCUGAAGUCGAGCGCGAAGCAGCUCAGCCCUCUUUGCCGAAGAUGAAGAUGCUUGAUCUGCCAGAACUAGCCAUUGAUUGCAUUUUGGAAAAGCUUUCACCAGCCGAGCUCUGCAAAAUGUCUGGUGUUUGUAGAGAUUUGAGGGAAAUGUGCACCAGUGAUCAUCUAUGGAAGAGGCAUGUGAUGGAGAAGUGGAGCAGAGUAAUAGGGGAAGCGGCGUGGAGGAAGUGGGAGCUGCAGGAUAAGUUAAGGAGGAACCUUUAUGUCGGAGAUGAAAGUGGAGGAGUCAGUUCGAUGGGGUGGAUGGAGUGGCUGGGUUGUGUGUGGCCUCUUGCAUGGCUUAAGCGCAGGAUUGAAGGAGGAAGAAAGCUCAAGAGCAUUAUGACGGUUGACUCUCUCUUUUCAUUCUAUCUGGCGCUUGAGAGUGGCAGAUUCUCUUUUCCAGCUCAGGUUUACAAUCGCCAGAAUAGAAAUGCUGGGUUUUUGUUGUCAUGUUACGAUGCGGAGAUUAGUUACAAUUCUCGCACAAACAAGUUCUAUGCCAGGUAUCCACCUCAUGGUAAAAUAGUUCCAGCAAUAGAGGAAGUGACAUGGGACAGAGUAAGAGCUCCUAUUGGUACUUCGGCUCAUGAUCUUCACAUUUCAGACUGCUUAACUGAACUGAAUCCUGGUGAUCAUAUUGAGGUUCAGUGGAGAAGGAGCAAAGAGUUCCCAUAUGGUUGGUGGUAUGGAGUUGUUGGUCAUUUGGAGGUUUGUGACAGAAGUGAAAAUCGCUGCGGUUGUUAUGAUAACGACAACAUUGUGCUAGAGUUCAACCAUUACGCUCCUGGAUCGAGAUGGAGGAAGAAAAUCAUUAACCGAAAUGAACAUAGAGAAGAUGGAAGCGAAGAUGGUUUUUAUGGAGGAAUUAGGAAGGUUCAAAAGAAGGAAGAUAUCUCUGUGUGAAAGCAGUUCUGACCACCUGAAGUUCAGGACUAACUUCUACUCCCUUCUUCUCUCUUACACUUUUGACUCACUACAAGGUGGUAAUCCUUGGACUAGUAAAAUGGCAUAUCCACAGCAAGCGGGAGUUUGUUGAUUUAUGGUUGUUUCAGGUAGAUUUCUAUAAUUUGAAUGGAUGACCGUGAAAUCAUAGUUGAUGUAACUUAAAUUUAUUUGGGGUGGCUACAAUUUUUUGGUAAAUGUGAUAGUAAUUUUGUCAUGAAAAAAAAACUAUUUUUUCAUCACAGAUGUUUAGAAAGCAGUAAAAAAGCAGUGGUCAUGCAAAGGUAUGAUACUAGCUUAAAAGAAAAGCAGUGAAAAAAUUGCUUAAAUUUUGGUUAUUUAUUUCAACUUUAAUAAAAGUUGAUUUAAUUGGAGAAAAGUGUGAUCUCUUCUCAAAUUAAUAAAAUUAUUGAUAUACUUGGUAUUCCUACUAAAUCUCUUCCAAUAAAUACCUUGGAGUGCCCAAAUAUAAAGGGAAGAGCCAAUACAUUAUUUGAUGAUAUUAUUAUGGAAGUGUGUAACAUAUUGGAUAGUUGGGGCUUUCU